AUGGAGUCCACUUCGGGUAGGGAGCUUGUUACAGUGGCGUCUUUAGGUCAUGGGGUAGGUCAUGGGGGGACGGCCGAGGUGGAUAGGUACGCCAUGGCCGAGGAGGCUGUGGAUUAUACCCAGGAGUGGGGGGCUUCUAAAGUGCCCUCGAACAUGACGGGGAAGAGGUUGGGGGAACUUAGGGAAAGGUACAGUGUGCCUCAUAACAUAGAGAUGUUAGUUCCCGAACCGAACGAGUGGGCCUGCUAUCCGAGGCUCGGAUGCGUGGCCGGGUGGAAGGAGUCCUGGUUCUGGAUGCGAGGUAAAUGGCAGGCGGUGGAGGGUGACAGAGCCCUAUUAUGCACAGUGCCGACCCAGUACUACGAAGCUCAUAGUAGUACGAGGUUCGAGCUUAGCAGGGAGGAAUUUGAGGUGAUAGAGGACAUCUACAAGAGGCCUCUGAAGCUUCGGCACUUCGAUCACCUGAUUGAUAGAAGCAGAUACUUCUUGGACUUCGAGCUGAUGGCAUCCAGAGACAAACUCAAGAAGAGGGAGUACCCAGUUCCAGACAUGGCCUCCAUCUUGAAGGCCACUUCUACUGCGAAGGCGAGGCCCCUGAAGCCUGGGUCCAGUGGAGCAAAGGAAGUUCGAGGCAGGGUUGAGCGCCUGUCGAAGGACUGUACUCCCAGGGCCUUGGAGGAGGCAUCUACUCAGAGGCCAGAAAAGCCUAAGGAGCCUCGGGACAAGGAGAAAGUCUCUGAGGAAACUAAGAAGAGGAAGCUGGUGCACAUCUCUAGCUCAGCUGGCAAGUUUGGGACUUCAGUGUCCCAUAGGGCAGAACAAACUGGUGAGCCGAAGCUCCUUGCGGCAGCCUCUAAGGCCAUCAAAAUGGAGAUGGUAAGAGAGGUAGAGGCUGAAGAGGCCAGAGAAGAGGCUGCCAGGCGAGCUGCAGAAGCUGCCGAAGAGGAGGCGGCGAAGGGGAAGCCGGUUCGGGAGAAUGGGAAGUCUCCAAACUUCCUAGCUGGGAGGGAGGAUGAGCUGGCCCCAGCCUUGGUGGAGGCUUUCCCUGAGGAAAUUAGAAGUGCCACCGAGAGCUUUUAUAAGUUCUGGACAGAAAAGUGGCAGCUUCAUGCCUCGUCUUAUGAUGCUACCAACCUCACGAGGGCACUGGUGAGCCAAAGCGCCCGGACUUUUGGCCUCGCGCUCGAAUGCAGGGAGGCGUUAAGUGAAUUUCAGACAAGGACUCACGCCUCGGAGGAGAAGGUUGCCUCCCUUGCAGAGGAGGUCAAAGCUGCUAAGGCCGAGGCCGAAGGAGCAAAAGCACAGAGGGUUGAAGAAGCGGCGAAGCUCGAGUCUGCUUUGGCCCAAAUUGAGGCCUUAAAGAGGGAAGCGAAUCUCUCCUUGGCCGGUACUCGAGAUGCUUAUCAGUUUCUUGAAGGCCAGGUGAAGUGGUACAUGAACGACGCCUCGGUUGCCAGAGAAGAGGCUCGAACUGCAGCGGAAGAGGCGGUGAAGGCAUACAUCGCCAACUUCCACACCACAGAGGAGUACAAAAGCUUCAGCGCGUACUGGAGGAACUUCGCCUAUGCCGAGUCCGAAUUUGUGGAUGAGGUUCCUCAGACCCCAGCUAAGGAGGUGCAAGGUGACAAGGCAGUUGAUGCUAAAGCCCCAAGCGCUGAGGCAGAAGAAGCAACUACUGAUGCCCAAGUUGCCGAACCCCCAAGUGCUGAGGCGCCUCCUCCAUCUAGCCAGGCUUAG